UGGACUCGCUGCCCAGCUGACCAUCCCACCCAGGACCGGGGUGGAUGGGUGGGCGGCAGCAAUGGGGACCCCCGAGUGAAUGGCAAUCCCGACAUUUAGAGAAUGGGAGGAGCUGGACGGAGAGGGGAGGAGCUAUAAGCGCUUCCACGAGCGUGGCCGGGAAGGAGGGGGCUUAGCCGGCGGGGCUGCGAGGAAAGCGAAUCUUUUCCUGCGUGCAUCUCUUGGAACGAGGAUCAGAGCCGCCUUUCCGUGAGGGCGCCAGAUACACUCAUGGCCUCAUCUUCAUCUCCUGGAUCCUCAGUUCUUUAUAAUGGAGGAUUAACAGCGGUUGAAUUUCCAAUGCAGGAUUUGGUAUCGUUUGAGGAUGUAGCUGUGUUUUUCUCCGUGGAGGAGUGGGCCCUGCUGGAUUUUGAGCAAAAAGCCUUAUACCAAGAGGUCAUGCUGGAAAUCAAGAGGAACAUGGCCUCCUUAGCAUGUGAUGGAUGGGAGAUGGAGGAUUGUGGCCAAGAGGCAGCAGCACCAUUGCCAAAACACAAAGAGGAAGUUGCAGAAAACAUGUAUGGAAGGCAAAGUUCUGAAGAAAACCUGUUAAUGGUUGAACUGGAGAAUUGCUCUGGUUUCCCUUGGGCAGAUACCAAUGUCUUAUUGGACACAGAUGAUUGCCAAGAAAAAGAAGUGUGUUCAAGGUGUAGGAAAACACUUCGAGAUGGAUUGGGAUUUUGUGACUGUUGUGAAAGCCCUGCUGGAGAGAAACAAGAUGAAAGCAGGCAACAUUCUGGAAGGGCCCUUCUGCCUCCUUUACAUGAAAGAAUACAAGAAGGAAGGAAAAUGGACAAAUGUAUGGAAUGUGGAGAAAGAUUCAGUACAAACCUUUCUCUUGCAUUGCAUAAAAAGAUUCACAAAGCAGACGAUCUACACAAAUGUCUGGAUUGUGGAAGGAUCUUCAGGCAGAAAAAUAAUCUCAAUUCACAUAAGAGGGUCCACAAAGAGAGGAAGCAGCAUCAAUGCAUUACUGGGGGAAAGACCUUCGGAAACAGCACCUCCCUUACUUCCCACCAAAGCGUCUACAGAGGGGAGACAUUACAUCAACUCAGAGAGGGCAAAACAAAGUUUACUCAGAGCAAGGAACCAAAUUCCCAGAAAAAAACCCCCAGUGGGAAUAAUUCAUGUAAGUGCCUGGAAUGUGGGAAGAGCUUCCGCUGUGCAAGUAACCUCACUUACCAUAAUAGGAUCCAUACAGGGGAAAAGCCAUAUCAUUGCGCUGUGUGCGGAAAGAGCUUCACCCAAAAAGGAAACUUCAAUUUACAUAAGAGGAUCCACACUGGAGAGAAGCCGUAUAAAUGCACAGAGUGUAGAAAAUGCUUCAGGACCUCCAGUGACCUUACUUCCCAUAAGAGGAUUCACACAGGGGAGAAACCCUAUGAAUGCUUGAAGUGUGGAAAAAGCUUCAACAGACAUGCUACUCUAACCUUACAUAAUAGGGUGCAUAAAGGGGACAAACCUUAUAAAUGCCUGCACUGUGGAAAGAGCUUCAGUCAAAAAGGUCAUCUUAAGUCACACGAGAGGAUUCACACAGGGGAAAAACCAUUUCAAUGCACGGAAUGUGGAAAGAGUUUCCAUUGUUCUGGGAACCUUAAUGCUCAUCAGAGAAUCCACACAGGGGAGAAGCCUUUUCAAUGCCUGCAGUGUGGAAAGCGCUUUGCCCGUUCUGACGUCUUUCAUGCCCAUGAACGGACCCACACAGGGGAGAAACCAUACAAAUGCCUGGAGUGUGGAAAGAGCUUCCGUAAAUCCAACCACUUAAGUUCCCAUAGAAAAAUCCACAGUGGAGAGAAACCCUAUCAAUGCACCGAGUGUGGGAAGUGCUUCAAUAAUCCACGUACUCUUUCUGUCCAUAAAAGGACCCACACAGGUGAAAAGCCUUACAAGUGUACCGAAUGUGGCAAAUGUUUCACUGUUUUGUGUUCUCUCUCUCGCCACAAAAGGCUCCACACUGGGGAAAAACCAUAUGAAUGCCAUACAUGUGGAAAGAGCUUCAAUGAAAAAAAAGGUAUAUCCUACAUAGCAGAACCCACACUGGGGAGAAACUAUAUCAGUGCCAAGAGUGUGGAAAACUCUUCAUUGAUUCUAGAGAACUGACGAUCCAUAAAAUGGUUCACACUGGGGAGAAACCUUAUAUAUGCAUGGAAUGUGGCAUGAGUUUCAGAAGAAGUGGUUGCCUUGGUAUCCACAAGAGAAUCCACACUGGGGAGAAAUCAUAUACAUAUUGUGAGUGCGGAAAAAGCUUUAAUCAAAGUCAUUCACUUCAGAGCCAUAGAAGGCUUCAAUCAGGGUAGAAACCCUAUAAAUGCCUGUAGUGUGAAAAAUGUUAUAAUGAGAUUGGCAGUCUUACCUCCCACAUGAGGAUCCACACAGGAGAGAAGCCUUUUAAAUGCAUCAGCUGUGGAAAGAGUUUCAGAGACGGUAGGAAUCUUAAGCUCCAUAAAAGAAUCCACACAGGGGAGAAGCCGUAUCAGUGUCUGGAGUGUAGAAAGAAAUUCAGAAGCGGGAGUGACUUUAGUCACCAUAAGAAGUCACACAGCAGGAAAAGACAACGCUAAUUGGUUUGUGUUGGUUCUUAAAAUGUGUUUCAUGCCCACAGAGGUUUCCCAGUAGAAUCUGUAGACAUGCAUGGGUAUAGGAAGGGCUUCCGAAGUACCAUAACCUUCUUCAUCCAUUAUAAAGAAGAGUUGCCUUGUAUAACUUGGAAUUAACUUUUGGAUAUUAGAUCUUUGUGCUAGACUAGAGUAAAUAAGAUUAGAAAGAAUAAGAAUAAGAUUUGAAUUGAAUAGAAAUGGAAUAGAAUAGAAUAAAAAAUGGGAAUGGGAUAGGAGGGGAAGGGAAUGCAAAGGGAAGGGAAUGGGAAUGGAAUUUUCUCAUUGGCCAAGUGUGAUUGCACAUACCAGGAAUUUGUCUCUGUUAUGUAUGUACAUAACAUGCAACAACUGAUCAACUUUUGUGACUGCAAAUAGCAAAGGUAAGUAGGGUAAAACACAUCCAGAUAUCUAUGGAGAUUCUCAGUCAUCCAGGUUGCGGUUGUCCAAAAGGUGCUUUUAUCAAAAGGUGGCUGGACUUUUUUUUUCCUUGAAGAGAUUUCCCUGCUCAUCCAAUAAAUUUCCUCAUUUGUUUCUUCUUGAAUGAAAAAUGAAACGUUUUCAAAGUCCAGUUGACUUUUUAAUAAACCACCUUUGCGAGAACAUCUUCAGACGUCAUUAGGGUUCAGAAUUGUCGCUUAGAUAUUGUAUAGGGAAGGUGGUGAAAUAUUUUAAGAGCAAACAUUGUAAUCUAAGUGGUGAGCUCCAGACCUGGUGGUGUUGAGCACCUAAUUUCCCUCAUUGGAAGGUAUCAAGCAGUGGAUCUACUAUACCCCUGUGGAGAAAAUCACGCCAGAUCAAAGAGAAAUAGGAUUUUCAGUGAGCACUUCGCUGGGAGAAAGUGACGGAGGAGAAUGAAAUAUUGAACCAAUACGAGACCGAAAUGUUUUGUCAAAAGUAAUAACUGGAGGGAUGUUGCUAUGUCUGUACCACCUAACAUUCUUUGCGUUUAACUGAUUUCUGAGAUAAGAUAUUGAUUGGGGUUGAUUUCUAUUAAUGCCCUAACUUAUACAGUAGUUAAAGGCUUAGUUUAUACAUCUCAGAUAUAUUCUUUUUUGGGUCGGUAAAUUGGUCAAAUUAGGGAACUAGCUUUAGAAAAUACAGGCAAUCCUUGACUUAUGACCACAAUUAAGCCCAAAAUUUCCAUGGCUAAACAAGACAUUUGUUAAGUGAGUUUUGUGCCAUUUUACAACUUGCCACAGUUAUUCAGUUAGUAACAUGGUUAUUUAUUAUUAAGGCAGAAUCAUAAAUGUUAAGAAUGUGUUGUUUCCAUCUAAUUGACAAUUGCCAAUUCAUUGAAACCCACCUUGGAAAACCCAAGGAAGGAAUUUCUUAACAGCAAAAUCGGUCAGGACCUACACUAGGGAUCUCCAAAGCUGGCAAUUUCAAGAUUUGUGGAGUUCAACUCCCAGAAUUCCUCUGACAUACGUGUUACCAUGCCUGCUGGGGAAUUCUGGGAGUUGAUAUCUAAAAGUAGUUGCCAGGUUUGGAGACCCUUGCACUAAUGAUGGAAUUAUGGUCUGUGCUUGUUUCUAUUGCCUUCCUACUAUAAAGUAUUUCGAGGUCCAGCACACUGGAAAUGGAGAAUAACUAUGGUCCAUAUUUCCUUGCUCUUCAAAAAAAGGAUUACAAGCAUUUUGAGACUCAAAUCAUAAACGGGCCAAGGUUCUCCAUCCCUGGCCUAAAUAGAAGGAUCCAUGGAGAUUUAAUUAAGAGGUUCAACUUAGAAUAAAAACAUAAAUGCCUCAACUUGCUAAUCCAGAGGCCCAAAUGUACUAUGGGACAAGGCAAAAGGCACAAAUAGGAGAGAUUUGAAGACCUCAAGAAAGAAGUGUGCUGGAAAUAGGAAGUAUCAUGGAAACCUAUGCUAUAUCAUUGCCGAAGCGACAUUUACAAAAGUGUUGACGUUUCUCUCUGCAUACAUUAGGUUAGAUUUAAAUAGCUUGGCUGAGCAUUGUAUUACAUAGAUGCGAGCAGAUUAAGAUUUUAGUGUAAAACAGGCAGGAAGGACAGUAAAGGCAGAUGAGAAAAUUCCUCCUGAUUCUGACUUGUAAACUGUGGCAAAUGCUGUGUAAAACCCUCCAGUGGACGUUGGUGGGGUACAAAGGCUUUGAAAGAGAUUUCCUUAUGUUAUUUUUUCUGCACAAUAAACG